AUGCUUAGACUGUUUGCUAAGACGUUUGCUAAGAAGAUUUCUAAACCUCAGAGACAGUGUCCUCUACACUUCUCCACAGACCUCAGAGACAGUGUCCUCUACACUUCUCCACAGACCUCAGAGACAGUGUCCUCUACACUUCUCCACAGACCUCAGAGACAGUGUCCUCUACACUUCUCCACAGACCUCAGAGACAGUGUCCUCUACACUUCUCCACAGACCUCAGAGACAGUGUCCUCUACACUUCUCCACAGACCUCAGAGACAGUGUCCUCUACACUUCUCCACAGACCUCAGAGACAGUGUCCUCUACACUUCUCCACAGAGACCUCAGAGACAGUGUCCUCUACACUUCUCCACAGACCUCAGAGACAGUGUCCUCUACACUUCUCCACAGACCUCAGAGACAGUGUCCUCUACACUUCUCCACAGACCUCAGAGACAGUGUCCUCUACACUUCUCCACAGACCUCAGAGACAGUGUCCUCUACACUUCUCCACAGACCUCAGAGACAGUGUCCUCUACACUUCUCCACAGACCUCAGAGACAGUGUCCUCUACACUUCUCCACAGACCUCACAGAGACAGUGUCCUCUACACUUCUCCACAGACCUCAGAGAGACAGUGUCCUCUACACUUCUCCACAGACCUCAGAGACAGUGUCCUCUACACUUCUCCACAGACCUCAGAGACAGUGUCCUCUACACUUCUCCACAGACCUCAGAGACAGUGUCCUCUACACUUCUCCACAGACCUCAGAGACAGUGUCCUCUACACUUCUCCACAGACCUCAGAGACAGUGUCCUCUACACUUCUCCACAGACCUCAGAGACAGUGUCCUCUACACUUCUCCACAGACCUCAGAGACAGUGUCCUCUACACUUCUCCACAGACCUCAGAGAGACAGUGUCCUCUACACUUCUCCACAGACCUCAGAGACAGUGUCCUCUACACUUCUCCACAGACCUCAGAGACAGUGUCCUCUACACUUCUCCACAGACCUCACAGAGAGACAGUGUCCUCUACCUUCUCCACAGACUCAAGACCCUCUACACUUCUCCACAGACCUCAGAGAGACAGUGUCCUCUACACUUCUCCACAGACCUCAGAGACAGUGUCCUCUACACUUCUCCACAGACCUCAGAGACAGUGUCCUCUACACUUCUCCACAGACCUCAGAGACAGUGUCCUCUACACUUCUCCACAGACCUCAGAGACAGUGUCCUCUACACUUCUCCACAGACCUCAGAGACAGUGACCUCAGAGACAGUGUCCUCUACACUUCUCCACAGACCUCAGAGACAGUGUCCUCUACACUUCUCCACAGACCUCAGAGACAGUGUCCUCUACACUUCUCCACAGACCUCAGAGACAACCUCAGAGACAGUGUCCUCUACACUUCUCCACAGACCUCAGAGACAGUGUCCUCUACACUUCUCCACAGACCUCAGAGACAGUGUCCUCUACACUUCUCCACAGACCUCAGAGACAGUGUCCUCUACACUUCUCCACAGACGAGCAUGUCCUCACAUUUCCACGAUCAAGAGACAGUGUCCUCUACACUUCUCCACAGACUUCACAGAGACAGUGUCCUCUACACUUCUCCACAGACCUCAGAGACAGUGUCCUCUACACUUCUCCACAGACCUCAGAGACAGUGUCCUCUACACUUCUCCACAGACCUCAGAGACAGUGUCCUCUACACUUCUCCACAGACCUCAGAGACAGUGUCCUCUACACUUCUCCACAGACCUCAGAGACAGUGUCCUCUACACUUCUCCACAGACUUCACAGAGACAGUGUCCUCUACACUUCUCCACAGACCUCAGAGAGACAGUGUCCUCUACACUUCUCCACAGACCUCAGAGACAGUGUCCUCUACACUUCUCCACAGACCUCAGAGACAGUGUCCUCUACACUUCUCCACAGACCUCAGAGACAGUGUCCUCUACACUUCUCCACAGACCUCAGAGACAGUGUCCUCUACACUUCUCCACAGACCUCAGAGACAGUGUCCUCUACACUUCUCCACAGACCUCAGAGACAGUGUCCUCUACACUUCUCCACAGACCUCAGAGAGACAGUGUCCUCUACACUUCUCCACAGACCUCAGAGACAGUGUCCUCUACACUUCUCCACAGACCUCACAGAGACAGUGUCCUCUACACUUCUCCACAGACCUCAGAGACAGUGUCCUCUACACUUCUCCACAGACCUCAGAGACAGUGUCCUCUACACUUCUCCACAGACCUCAGAGACAGUGUCCUCUACACUUCUCCACAGACCUCAGAGACAGUGUCCUCUACACUUCUCCACAGACCUCAGAGACAGUGUCCUCUACACUUCUCCACAGACCUCAGAGACAGUGUCCUCUACACUUCUCCACAGACCUCAGAGACAGUGUCCUCUACACUUCUCCACAGACCUCACAGAGACAGUGUCCUCUACACUUCUCCACAGACCUCACAGAGACAGUGUCCUCUACACUUCUCCACAGACCUCAGAGACAGUGUCCUCUACACUUCUCCACAGACCUCAGAGACAGUGUCCUCUACACUUCUCCACAGACCUCAGAGAGACAGUGUCCUCUACACUUCUCCACAGACCUCAGAGACAGUGUCCUCUACACUUCUCCACAGACCUCAGAGACAGUGUCCUCUACACUUCUCCACAGACCUCAGAGACAGUGUCCUCUACACUUCUCCACAGACCUCAGAGACAGUGUCCUCUACACUUCUCCACAGACCUCAGAGACAGUGUCCUCUACACUUCUCCACAGACCUCAGAGAGACAGUGUCCUCUACACUUCUCCACAGACCUCAGAGACAGUGUCCUCUACACUUCUCCACAGACCUCACAGAGACAGUGUCCUCUACACUUCUCCACAGACCUCAGAGACAGUGUCCUCUACACUUCUCCACAGACCUCAGAGACAGUGUCCUCUACACUUCUCCACAGACCUCAGAGACAGUGUCCUCUACACUUCUCCACAGACCUCAGAGAGACAGUGUCCUCUACACUUCUCCACAGACCUCAGAGACAGUGUCCUCUACACUUCUCCACAGACCUCAGAGACAGUGUCCUCUACACUUCUCCACAGACCUCAGAGAGACAGUGUCCUCUCUCCACACUUCUCCACAGACCUCAGAGACAGUGUCCUCUACACUUCUCCACAGACCUCACAGAGACAGUGUCCUCUACACUUCUCCACAGACCUCAGAGACAGUGUCCUCUACACUUCUCCACAGACCUCAGAGACAGUGUCCUCUACACUUCUCCACAGACCUCAGAGACAGUGUCCUCUACACUUCUCCACAGACCUCAGAGACAGUGUCCUCUACACUUCUCCACAGACCUCAGAGACAGUGUCCUCUACACUUCUCCACAGACCUCAGAGACAGUGUCCUCUACACUUCUCCACAGACCUCAGAGACAGUGUCCUCUACACUUCUCCACAGACCUCAGAGACAGUGUCCUCUACACUUCUCCACAGACCUCAGAGACAGUGUCCUCUACACUUCUCCACAGACCUCAGAGACAGUGUCCUCUACACUUCUCCACAGACCUCAGAGACAGUGUCCUCUACACUUCUCCACAGACCUCAGAGACAGUGUCCUCUACACUUCUCCACAGACCUCAGAGACAGUGUCCUCUACACUUCUCCACAGACCUCAGAGACAGUGUCCUCUACACUUCUCCACAGACCUCAGAGACAGUGUCCUCUACACUUCUCCACAGACCUCAGAGACAGUGUCCUCUACACUUCUCCACAGACCUCAGAGACAGUGUCCUCUACACUUCUCCACAGACCUCAGAGAGACAGUGUCCUCUACACUUCUCCACAGACCUCAGAGACAGUGUCCUCUACACUUCUCCACAGACCUCACAGAGACAGUGUCCUCUACACUUCUCCACAGACCUCAGAGACAGUGUCCUCUACACUUCUCCACAGACCUCAGAGACAGUGUCCUCUACACUUCUCCACAGACCUCAGAGACAGUGUCCUCUACACUCGAGACUCUCCACACAGACCUCAGAGAGACAGUGUCCUCUACACUUCUCCACAGACCUCAGAGACAGUGUCCUCUACACUUCUCCACAGACCUCAGAGACAGUGUCCUCUACACUUCUCCACAGACCUCAGAGACAGUGUCCUCUACACUUCUCCACAGACCUCAGAGACAGUGUCCUCUACAGACUCGAGACUCCACAGACCUCAGAGACAGUGUCCUCUACACUUCUCCACAGACCUCAGAGACAGUACCUCAGAGACAGUGUCCUCUACACUUCUCCACAGACCUCAGAGACAGUGUCCUCUACACUUCUCCACAGACCUCAGAGACAGUGUCCUCUACACUUCUCCACAGACCUCAGAGACAGUGUCCUCUACACUUCUCCACAGACCUCAGAGACAGUGUCCUCUACACUUCUCCACAGACCUCAGAGACAGUGUCCUCUACACUUCUCCACAGACCUCAGAGACAGUGUCCUCUACACUUCUCCACAGACCUCAGAGACAGUGUCCUCUACACUUCUCCACAGACCUCAGAGACAGUGUCCUCUACACUUCUCCACAGACCUCAGAGACAGUGUCCUCUACACUUCUCCACAGACCUCAGAGACAGUGUCCUCUACACUUCUCCACAGACCUCAGAGACAGUGUCCUCUACACUUCUCCACAGACCUCAGAGACAGUGUCCUCUACACUUCUCCACAGACCUCAGAGACAGCCGCGAUACUCCACUCCUGCUCAUUGA